AUGCAUGGCCACUGAUCCGAACCUGGAAGAUUGAAUGAACAUGUUUGGCACAGUACCUGUCCGUCUGAAUCCCCACCUUGGAGCAACAGGUUACGCACCUCAGAUGCACUUAUAGCGCGCCGCUUUGACUCUCCUCUUCUCUCGGUUCUGCGAUUUUUCUACGUCUCCCACCAUGGUGGAACACAGCGGCCUGGAUAUUAUGUGUCUGAACAAGUACUGCCAUAGUUCCUCCUCGUCCUCCAGCUCCGAUCAGGACAAGAAGACUUUCGCCAAAUUAAAACUCAGCUUGUCUGGGGACUACCCGAGGAAGAACGCGGAGAUCCUCAGCGGUCAGUACGGGACCAAUCUGCUGCUGAUCGGGGCCGCGCUGAUGCUGGCGAUCGCGCACCAUGACCCCUUCGUCAAGGAAGAGCACUUUCUGUCCUUCGUCACCUGCCUCAUGAGCCUUCAGCUGAUCUGGAUGAUGUGGUACAUCCUGGUGCGGGACAGACAGAAGAACACGCGGACCGAGAAAGACGUGCACGCCACCACAUGCUGGAUAAGAGGUGGCUUGACUCUACUUGCGCUCCUCUCACUCAUUAUGGACGCUUUCCGAAUCGGGUAUUAUGUUGGCUACCAGUCUUGUGUGUCUGCUGUGCUCGGGGUAUAUCCUGUCAUCCAUGCAACUCACACCAUAGCACAGGUGCAUUUUCUUUGGUUUCACAUCAAGGACGUCAUCAAGAGCUUUGAAACAUUUGAGAGGUUCGGUGUAAUCCACGCAGUCUUUACAAAUCUCCUCCUGUGGUGCAACGGUGUGAUGUCAGAGGCCGAGCACUUCUUGAACAACCAUAUGAGAAGACUCUCUGCCCUAGGCUAUGGAAACCUCACCACAGACGGCUUUGUCCCCAGGCUGCUUACUCCCAAGGGUGCUGCAAUUACAGUAACUGAUACAUCUAAGCCUAGGCUAUGGAUCCUUCCCGCCUUUGGCUGCCGGCCACAGUACGACAACGGGUUGGAACAGGAGACUUUCGGCUUCAGCAUAUGGACGACAGUUCUCAAUUUUGCCAUCCCCUUGAACCUUUUCUACCGCAUGCACUCAGUUGCCUCCCUCUUCGAGGUGUUCCGCAGGGUCUGACAUAUUUGGCAGACGACUGACAAUGCCAGGUAACAUGCACGGGAACACUUGUCACCACCAGCUCCCCUAGAGUGUCUCAUAGCGCAGGUCAACCGUUCAAGAGGCAGUCACGGUCACACUCCAACAGACUUGAAAACAAGCUGCAGAGGCAAACAAAAAUGUAGAUCCCUUGGUGUGGAGAUAGCAGAAGAGGAAGAACCUGCUCACCUGCGUUCCUUGAAGAAAUUCCUUGUAAAACACAAGGCCUAUUGUAGAUGGUGAUGAACAGAACCUUUGAUUUCCAGUGAUUU